AUGUCGAAUGAACCGACGUACGAGGAGUACGUGGACCGUAUUCAUUACUCGGAGAAGUAUGCCGAUGACAAGUGGGAAUAUCGUCAUGUCAUUUUGCCCAAACCGUUUCUAAAACGGAUCCCAAAAAGCUAUUUUGAUCCUGAAGAGCCUGGUGUUCUUCGGAUUUUAUCUGACGCUGAAUGGCGUGGUAUUGGUAUCACCCAAAGCCUUGGAUGGGAGCAUUAUGAAGUGCACGCUCCCGAGCCUCAUAUCCUGCUUUUUCGACGUGAAAAAGACUACCAAGCCAAAUACGGCCCUCAGGGCAAGCCUUCUGAUGCUGCCAAGAUCAAAAACGACGCGUCCCAGGCGCACCACGUUCUCCACGGCAACUAG